AUGCCCCGUGCAUUGCUGCAGGCCAUUGAGGGUCAUGUCCUCUUCUUUGGCUCUUCGCACGGUGCACGCCAGCACUGCCUGUUCUUGAGGUGCUGUACGGCCGAGCAGCGAGACUUCGCACGUGUGAGCCUCGCGAGCUCUGAGACUCCUGCCGUGCCCGGCGUGAACGGGAAAGAGCUCAAGUCGGUGGCCGCUCUUUCGCAGAGAGAUACCGUCAUGGACCUGCAAAGAUGUGGCUAUGGGGUCUUCUUCCUGCUGAAGAGGGAUGAGCGCUCCAUGGACGUGAGCAAGCUCUUGAAGAUGGUUGCCCUGAAGCUCUACAAGGCCCGAGCUACCGACCCUGAUGCUUGGCAGUUCCGGCAACAGUUCCCAGCCGCCCUGCCAGGACAAGGUCUUCACACAGAUGUCCUGGACUGCUUGCCUGUUGCUCGCCGGCACAUGGCAGAGUUUGGCCUCGCCGAUCUACUCGCACAGCGCGUGCCAUCCUACCACGAGAAGUCCAAUCUGCAAGACGGUUACAAGAUCGGUGGCUGGGACUGGCGGUACACGCUCGCCAUCGUGUCCACGGCAUGCCUCUUCCAGGUAGCAAUCCUCGGCCGCUUCUACGAGUACUGUGAUCUGCGCUUCGGGAAUGCCACGACUUGGCAAGCUGCCUUGCUGAAGGCUCUGAAGAUGCAGGCAGCCUUCAGCUUCGGAUACUUGCCCCUCGGGGUUCUCCUUUAUGCCUUGUCCAUCUGUUUCGUGUUUCGGAGCUUUGCGGACUCGACUGACAACUGCGGUCCGUCCGCCGUGGCCGGGCUUCCUUGGAACCUGGGGAGCAGCAUCGGUCAGGCCGUGGAGUUGUGGCCAGGAGACUAUCUGCACUCCGCGGUGUUCUGGCCACCAAGCCAGGCAGUGAACUACGUGCUGAUUCAUCGCUGGUCCCCAAACUUUCGUCCGAUCUUUGACGGUGUGAUUGUGCUGUUCUGGAACUUCUUCGUUCUGGCGGGUGGGGCGGAGAGAGAGGCCGUCGGCCCAACGCUCUUCGGCCCUGCACCGGGGCCCACGGACAAGGCACCGGCUCUGGGACCCCAAGCCUACUGA